CCGACCCGAUGACCCUCUCAGGCCCGACCGGUAUCGUCGAUGGAUUUGUGUCGACCGCCGGACGGAUACGAUGCCCUUUUUUGAGCUACGCUUCCAUGGCGGCCAACGCAUCGGAGCAUCCGCGUCGUCUUCUCCGUGGCUUCGUCUCCCCUGAGCUCUGUAAGGAAUUGGAGUUCAUACAUCGGAGCUGCGGCACCGUGGGCUACAGGCCCAGCGUCUUCUCCACCACGCUCCCCCACCUGGCCGCCACCAACUGCGCUCACCUCAUCAUCCCCUUCCUCCCCCUUCGCGACCGCCUCAAGGACACGGUCGAGGAUCUCUUCGGAUGCGAGUUCGAGCUCUUCGUCGAGUUCACCGGCCUCAUCAGUUGGUGCAAGGGAGCAUGUAUCGGAUGGCACAGUGAUGAUAAUAAGCCUUAUCUAAGACAAAGGGACUUUGCGGCAGUCUGCUACUUGAACAGCCAUGAAAAAGAUUUUAAUGGUGGACUUUUUCAUUUUAAAGAUGGGGAACCCUCGUCAAUUGCACCCACUGCUGGAGAUGUUGUGGUCUACACAGCUGAUGAACGCAAUGUUCAUUCUGUAGAUGAGGUAAUCGAUGGUGAAAGACUGACCUUAACUCUUUGGUUCACACGUGACAGUGCACAUGACGAGGACACGAAGCUUAUCAAUCUUCUCUCUCAAAGACUACUAGUUGAACAUAUUGAACCCAAACCUUUCUUGCCUUUGCCGGCAUCAAGUUGUAUGUAUUGGUUGGCCCAGGAGAAGUCUGGAUUUGAUGUACGCUGUGCUAGAGUGAGCAUCCUUGGUUACGACUUCUGUCCAUCCGAAGGCAAAUGUAGCAUGGAUGAUUCACCAUGCGAUCCUCUCGAGCUGCUUGAUGGGAGAUUGUAUCUUGGUAGGGGUGACGAAGUUGUUGACAGAGAAUUUGUCAACAGUCUGCAUGCCUUGCAGGUUGUCCAAUUCUGUGUCUGGAAAGCCGCUGAAUUAGCAACAGAAAGAGAAGUACAUCGUGCAGGAUCGACCAGACCAACUGUUCUCAAGAGAUCAAACAACUUGGAGCUGUUGGUGCCAUGUGAUUACAAACUUGGGGAGGCAAUUUUAGGUGGCAUAUCACGUCAUGACCCAAAACCUUCAUUCAGCUGGGAUGACUUGGUGCUCGGAAUUGCCAGGUGGGAAGAAUACAUGUCUGAAUUGCAUAGAAAAUUGUUGAUUCUUGUUCCAUACUGGUUAUCGAAUCAUACUCUGUCCUUUGUUGAUGCUACUGAGCUUCUAUGACGAGACCAAUAAAGCCGAUAAAGGAGGAGGUUGUAGUAUGAAAUGCUAGAUGCAUUUCCACUGCAAAAUUUUGGGUACUUCACAUCAAUGGUUACACAUCUCCCCGAGCAAAAAUGAGAUGCACUGUUGUGAGCAAAAUCUUGAUCUAAAUGGGGUUGGUUCUUCUCGUAUUUUCAUACACCUUAAUGCAACAUGUCGUUGGUCAUUUAUAUUGUUGUUGUUGGUCAUUUAUAUUCUUAAUGCAACAUGUUGUUGUUGGUCUUAUGGUCGGUUUAUGUCUAUUUCAAUUGUUAUGGUAUUCUGACUUUGUCUUUGGGUCACAAAGCUUAUCUUCUCUCUCGAAGACUGCAAGUUCAACAAAUUGAGCCCAACCCUAUGUUGCCUUUGGUGGCAUCUAGUGUGUAUUGGGUUCCCCAAGAGAAGUCUGGAUUUGAUGUACGAUGUCGUAGAGUGAGCAUCCUUGGGUAUGAUUUCUGUUCAUCCGAAUGCAAAUGUAGCACGCAUGACCCACCAUGUAAUCCUCUCGAACUAGUUGAUGGGAACAAAUAUAUAAUGCAAAAUGUUUAUUGCUUA